UUGCAUUUCAAUAUUUAAGCUUACAACCAAAGAAGUUAUUAAUAGUGACAAACACAGCUUCAAAUAUGGAGAGUUUAAUUAAUAGAGGAUGUGACUUUAUUUUUGACUUUUCUUGUGUCAUCUGUCACGAAACUGACAGAAACACAGAAGCUGAAUUUUACUGUGAGGAAUGUUCUAGAUUUUAUUGUAGCAAUUGUGUGGAGCAUCAUAACUAUCUUUUCAAGAAGCAUGCAAUUUUGGGCAAAGAAAACAUCAGCCUAUGGCCUGAGAGUGAUGUGGUUGAACAAGAGAAAUGUAAGGAGCACCCAAAAGAAAAACUGACCAUAUUCUGUGAGGAGCACAGUGAGCUGAUAUGUCAUGUCUGCCAUUUCCACAAUCAUCAGAAAUGCAGUCAUUUGGUACUAAUAUCUGACAAAGUGAAACAGCUGCAUCAAAAAGGAGACUUAAAGCAGUUGUCGGCAACUAUUUAUACACAACACAAGCAAUUGAUACAUGAAAAAGAUGACUUAGAGGAGAAUAUUAAGUCUCUUGAGAAAUCGUACAAAAAAAUUGUAGAUGAAAUCAAUGCUUUACGAAAGACAAUUAAUGAUUCUUUGGAUCAACUGGAGAAAUAUACCAAGAAGGAGUUGGACACAUUUCUGGUCACAAUGAGAACAUCAAUUAAAACUGACAUUGAAACUUGCACUGAGUCUAUCAAAAUAAUUACAUGCCUGCAUGAAGAUUUGCUGAAAACAAAAGACAAAAGUGAAGCACUUAAUUUUAUCAAGUACAGAAAAUGUCUUGACCAGUCCUUAAAGGUAGAAUCAGUUUUACAAGAUAUGACAACAAAGACUGAUAUGACACUUACCUUUAAACCUGAUAAAGCCAUCCAACAAACCCUGUCCACUCUCUCAGGAUUGGGACAAGUACUGAGAACAGUGGAACAAUUACAACCUGCUAAAAGGACAACACUGAACACAAAUAGCAGACAGAAUAAACAUAAAGAAACCAGCCAGUCUGACCCUGGAAACCAUACAACUUCAGGAUUCAAGGUUAAAAAAUCCCACCCAGAAUCCAGAACAUCUAGAAGUUAUAGGCCUGGAAACCAAACAAGUGAUCUGACCAAGUCAUGCCAGGUGUCUAAUCUAAUAUCAAGUUCAUCACAACAGCCGGUCCAGGGACAUCAACCAGGUGCAGUAAGCAAGUCCGAUCAAAUCAUUAAAGUGAAGAGUAGUAAGAGGUACAGUGUUGCGAUUAAAGGUGAUGAAUACCCAUGCCAUAUAACAAGUAUCUGUGAGACAUCUUCUGGAGAACUCCUCAUCACAGAUCAGCUCAAUUGUAAAGUGAAGCUCCUGGAUAAGACCUACAAGGUGGUGGCCCACUGUGUCUUUUCUAGUGCACCAUGGUACAUGUGCAGCAUUCACAGUCUGGAAGCUGACCUGGUAGCUGUUACUGUGGGGUACAACCAGGUCCAUUUUAUCAGAGUGAAGUAUGGUUAUUUGAUACAGGACAGGAUACGAACGCUUCCUUAUAAUAACUGCAGGGGUAUUGCCAAUCAGCAUGGUAUCCUGUACAUUACAGAUGACAGAGCUCUGAAUCGCUAUACUGUGGAUGGCAGUCUUUCGGGGCAGAUUUAUAAGGAUACAAGUUACAGAUCAUUUGACUCCUGUGCAGUGAGUCCAGAUGGAGACAGGAUAUAUGUGACCAACCAGAACAGUCAACAGCUUGUCACAUUGUCCAGGGAUGGCACAGUGAUCUCCACCCUGACUGUAUCUGCACAGAGCGGAAUAGUACCACCUUGCCUACAUGUGACACAGUUAGGACAAGUUCUUGUGUGUGGAAAUUCGACCAAAAAAAUCAUGCAGGUUGACAGGGAUGGGAGACAGAUACUGGCAAAGGAUGUCACAAAGGAUGAUGGUGUGACUUGCCCUGCAUCCGUCUUCUACAGUAAGCACACACGCUCACUCAUUGUAGGAAUGUGGAACAAUAAUGACAUUACAGUGUUUAAGGCAGUGUUGGAGUAGGAUGAUGUUCAUUUCUAAACAUUUAAUUAUACACUCACAUAAACAUUGUCAAGUAAAAAGUGUUACAGUUUUUUGUAUACAUGGUUUUAAAGCCAGUGACUGUUGUAAUAGGACAUAUUCAUCAUUCUCUGUAUGAAACUAUUACAAAUUUCCAAUAAAACCAGUUUUACCAAGCCUGUAUCAAAAUGAACUUUAAAUGAAUUAUGCUCCGAUAUAAACAGCACAACAAAGAUAAGAUUGAUUGAAACUAGUUUUAUAAGGAUUGUUAGAACAUAUUUAGAAUAGUCUAUUCAAAAGAUUAUGUUUAAGAGAAUAAGUUUAUUUAUUGCACAUACAACUAUAUUCUGGUAUUGUUCAUGACAUACAUGUCAUGUACUGUUAUUAAUAUGUUUAUGAAUACAUUUUCUGAGUCAGUAUGUAAAGAAUCAUUCAAACUUAUAUGUAUAUGAAUAUGAUAUCAUACAAUUAUCAUUUUACAAACAGCACAUUAAAUCAAACCAAUAUGAACUCUGCCACCAGUAUUGUCAGAAUACAAGGAUUGAAAUACAAGACUAAAAAUGUGUCACAGACACUGAUUUGUCCACACAUAUGUUUUGACACAAAUCCACUAAUUAUUCUUUAGUAGACAAAAAAUAAUAAGCCAUAUUCUGCCCAAACUGGUAGCAGUCACUAUUCCUGUUUAUGAUCAUCUACACAUUAAGGUCAUUCAGAUUAAGAUUGUAUAUAGUCUGAGCAGUAUUAGAUUAAAGUAAUGGUUUUACGACAAACAUAUCAAAACAAAGGGGCCUAAAGGCCCUAGAUUGCUCACCUGAGAAAUGUAGUAAGUAAUGAUAAAUCUAACCUGUUAUGUGUAGAUUUGGUGAUAUUUGUGUAAAGACUUUAGAAUUUAUUUAUUGAGGUUUUUUAUUCUGUAUGACUCAGACGUAAUGUGGUCUGAGACAUUACUUGAACAAAUUAAAGCUCUUACUUAAAACAUACAACAACAAAAAGUUUCUUAAUAGAGUGUGGCCAAUUGUGAACCCAGAUGCAUUAUUUGUACAAACUAAUUAAAGGGCCAAAUACAAUGUCACACACGAUACAUUAAGCCCCUGACCCUUCUGGUUUCAGAGAAUAAGAUGUUUAACAUUAUUAUGUACAUAUUAUGUAUAUAAUAUAUAAUACAUAUUGUCGCCAC